AUGGCUGAUAUAGAUUCUAAUCUAUUUCCUACUUCAAUAAUUAAGCGUAUUGAUAAUCCUUGGAUUGGCUUACUUGUUUUAGGCAUUUUUAUUUUGAUUUCAUCUAUUAUUGCUCUAAUUGUUUUAUGUUUUCUUUGGCGUCGACAUCAACAACGUACACAAUUAUAUAAUGAAAAUUUUAUUCUAAGUAAUAAACCAACUGGAAAAAGACAAAUACCAAUACAAAUUGAAGAUCAACAAUCGAAGUCUUAUGAAACUCAAAAAAUGGAAGUAUUUGUUCCAUCAAAUGAUAAUGAAAGAAUUCAUACACGUUUUACAUCUCCAAAUGAUAUUCAACAAGUUCAACAAUUUUACGAACGGACAACAAAAGCUUAUUUUUAA